AUGAAUAAAUCAUUAGUACCAUCAUCAUCGUCUUUGUUGAAUGUCAACAGAAUACUAGUGCGGAAUGUUGCAACUAAACAACUAGCCCCAUCUCUUUCCGUUUUAUCCACACGCAUUUUGAAAAAUCACUUUACAACCAAAUUUAAACAACAUUCUAUAGCAUUUAACAAGCAAAGAUAUUUUUCCACAUUCAGUCGAUCAUAUCAAGAGCCUUUGAAUAAACACACACAACCAAAAGAUGAAUUGAAACAAACUAUAACGAAAGCAACUUUACUUUCGCAGGCGAAUUCAGGCUUAUCCCGUAUGUUGAUACAUUUAAAGUGGCCAUUGUCACGAAAUACAAAUACAACCAGUACCUGGGAUAUGACGUCGGCAUUUAUUUCAUGGUUGGUCAUGGGAAAUAUUUUAUGGAUUAUACUAGGGACCACAACUUUUGGGUUGACUUUGAUGUAUUCUUUGCACUAUUUGGAUAGCUUAGUGGGUAAAUUCAGUGACGACAAAGAAACAACCGACAAAUUGAAUCAAACAAAAAGUAAGACGUCAACUAAUGUAAUGAGUUAUUUGAUUGGAGGAAUCAUAUCAUUUGGUAUAGGAGUAGAUUUGAAUUUUGAAAAGGGGUCAUCGUUACCGGAAUUAAAAGAUGGAAAAUUAAGAUUCAAGAAUGUAGGUAUAGUAUCCCAUGAUGGUAAUAACAAGCAUGUGAAGUUUAAGGGAACGGUGGAAGCCAUGGAUAUAACGUUAUCUUUUAACAAAUGGUAUGAAGGAAAUGGAUUGAUUUAUGAUUUAGAGUUGUAUGGAUUAAAUGGUAAGUUGUAUAAGCUGAGAUCGCCUUCACCGCCCGUGGCCAACACAACUAAGAAAUCGUAUAGAUUCAAUGAAAACAUCCAUUACCAAUAUGACUUGGAUCAUAAUGUCGAAGAAAUAGCAAGCGGGUCCAGUUCUAUUAUUGAUAACAAUUAUACCUUUGAUCAUGUUAAAAUUCACGAUUCGUAUUUGGAAAUCUACGAGGAACAAUCCAGUACUCCAAUAAAAAUUAAUAUUUUCAGCUGCGAUCUACCAAAAUUAAGGGGUGAUAAGCUAGUGUUGGAUUUUUUUAAUGCAAAUAACGCUAGUGGCGCUAUUAAUGAUGCAAUGUUUACUUUGCAUAAACGUCAGAAUUUGGAUCCAGAAAACAAAAAUCAAGACAAGUUAAUACGGUUCAAAUUGGAUGCGAUUGAUUUGGGAGAGAUCAACAAGUAUGACCCAAAUCUGAAAUUUAAUUGGAUAAUAAAUGGGAAAGCAGAAGUUAUUGCAGAUAUUACUUUGCCUGAAGAGCAGGACGAUUUAAAUGAGUCUAUAACAGAAGUAUUGACUAAAAUGUUUACCAAUAUGUUUCAAACUGCAGACAUGUCUCAAACAUCAGAGGAUUCAUUGUUGAAAGAUGCUAUAUCUGCGAUUUAUCAUACUUUCAGAAAGCCAGAAGAAACUGCUAAACCAGCAGAAAAUUCUUAUGUUAUGGUAAAUGUCAAAAUGAAAUUGUAUGAUUUGAAAGCAAGUUUGCCUCAAGUUUUACCAAGAACAAAUAAUGGUAUACCAUUUAUAUCUUUGACAGAUUUGAGAUCAUUGAUUAGUUUUAUCAACACGGAAAACCAACCAAUUACAAUCAAAUCCACGGUGAUUGAAAAAAUAACUGAUUUAUCGAACAUUCAACAUUUGGGACAAACUAAAAUGUUUGAUUAUAUUAUGGGUGAUGCCUAUGAGGAGCUUACGAAUUUGGUGAGAGAUGAUGCAAGACGAAUAAUUAAUGAAAAAUCAUGGAGUAAUUCGAUUGCAACACAAUUGUUACUUUUAGGAUUAGGUGCAAUGGUUUGA